AUGAAUGUGGCUGAUGUCUGCGAAUUACUGUCGGCCAUCUCUGAUCUUCCCGUUUCUAACUGCGCCAUGUAUCAAUCGCGACUUCGACAACAGAAUAUCACCGGUCUCGUAUUAUCGGUCUGUGACCUUGAGAAGCUGCGAACGGAGAUGCAAAUGAACUUCGGAGAUUGGCAACUCUUCCGCACCCUCGUUCUCUACCUUCGCCAGCUGGAGGCCACCAACCUGCUUAGCUCCGGCGCAAACGGCAGCGGUAGGCUUAGUCGUCAUGGCGAGACCAGAUGCCCAGGUGGAAACACCUCCAGCCAGUUGGAGACCUCCUCCCAACUCCCCGAGAUGACUGUGGUGUACCCUUACGCCCAUAUUACUGGAUCUACCGGUCAGCAACCGCUGCCAAGGCAGUAUGGCGGGCAAAGCCCGCCCCAGAAGAACGUCUUUGACGUACCCGUCUUUGUGCAGCACUGUACGACUGCCUCCACGGCAGCGAAUAUUCGACCGCGGGCCCGACUGAACGCCGUGUCUGCCCCCUGCACCGCCGACCGCACAAUCAGUGACUUCUCCUUCGGCAGUGGGACAGAGGAGAUGGAGUUUAUCUGGCGACGUGACUUUAAACCGGAGACGCUGAAACCGCAGGCGGAGGUGGAUAGAAAGACCUCACUGAGGACUCCCAUCCACACACAUUUGACUCCUCAACCGGAAGCCGAUGAGACCGCGGACUCAUCUACCGUUGCUGUUGCUAUGAAGACUCCAGUCGGUCCCAGGCCUAAAUACGACAACGCCAGCUUCUAUCAACUGCCCCACUUCUUUCCACCGUCUGCAAACUGUCGUCUGAUAAACACCGCCUCCUUUGACAGCACCAAGAAAGGCUCUGGAAGUGGUAGUCGGAAGGGCAACCUGAAACAGCCCUCUCGAACCCUAUCCGGCCAGGCGGUUCCUGUGUGGUUGGACCCCAGCGGAAAGCCGAUUCUUGGUUUUAGUCGAUCUACCAUCGAUUUGCGUUCCGCUGGUAACUGUCGUCACAGUCACAGUGCUAGAAGACACAAGAAAUCUGGACGGAAACGAAUGAGAAGGGAGGCAUCAUCCGCCUCCCUCUCCGCUCAACAAGCCAGACUGUUUAAGUCAGCAUCCCAGGGAACUGAUCAGGUGAAGAUGGUGCCGUUGCAGCCAGCCUACAUUCCUAACCCCAGUACCGGAGAGGCACAGCCUAGCUACAUCCCAGUCUGGUAUCCGAACUUGUCCUGUGUGGGCAAACUGAAACCAUCAGACGCCAUUAUCGCCAACGAGUCACCCUCCUCAUCCCCUUCUUCAGCUGCCUCUGAGGAUGGAACCUACGACUUCCCCAGCGAGUACUCCAAUCACGGGCAAUAUUAUAUCUGUCCCAACCACAAUACUCCACCACCACCACCGGUUCGUCUGGAGGACGCUGGGCGAAUACCUGAUAAGCACGUCCUGUCAGCCUCACCUUUUGAGUAUACUGGCCUACCUGAUUACCCAAACCGACCGCCAAAGGGCAUUUCCCAUCAUCGUCAUCGUCAUCACCAACACCCAGCUCUCGCGCAGGCCACUUGUUCCUACGGCCCCCAAGAGUUCUUCCCCAAGAGAGCCCGCAGUAGACAACCACAGACUCCAGGACCUGCAACCAGGAAGGGCGAUGAGAGAUCGACUGCGUCGCAACGGAGCGGCACCGGUAGUCGGGCUCACACCCCGUCAAUGGGACAUCAAGCCCAGGAAUCCUACUCUCCUGACGAGUGCACCUGCGACUACUUCCUCUACAUGCGAGGAGCGGAGGAGGGGGAAGAACGAGAAGACGCCCCAAAGAACGUCAACAGUGCUCCAACUUCUUGGUCCUACACACACAAAAUCUCCUCACCCGACCUCUCUGAGAUCGAAGCUAUGACGAGCAGUUAA